AUGGCAGACAAACGUUUAAUUUCUCCUGCAAAAUCGGACUACGUAGAUGUAGCCGAAGACAAUGAGUCAGUUGAAGGUAUUAGUGAGAUGUUAGAGCAAGUGAGUGUAAGCCAAGCGCCAUCACCAGUUCCAGUCGACUCUCAGGCAGAAGGUAUCAGGGAAACAACACUCAAAGUGCCCGAAAAGGCCACCACAUCUCGUGACAGGUCAAAGUCACCACCAGCAAUCGCCAACACAACACAAUUUAAGUUGACGUCUCAGAUGGCAAGGUACCAACAGCUCCAGUUCAUGUAUCAGGAUGUGCUUGAGCUAGUAAGACAGCCUGCGCUCAUGACAAUGAGUGUAAUUGAAGGUAAGCUCGCACAACUCAAUAAGCUGUGGACCUACUUUGUGGUAGAGCACGAGGCAUUAGGUGUUGAGUGCCGGCUAACACUCUUCAAGCACCCAUACAUGACUGAUCGAGUCUUUGGAAGUGCGUUGCGACUUCACUAUCACACCGAGUCAACGCUUCACCGUGUCAAAUCUGAAUUGCACGAAAAGGACAUUCAGAAGUCACUAGACGAGUACAGAUUGUCCACUCAGCAGGCAACUCUCCCGGAAAUAACCCUUCCGACGUUCUCAGGCGACUCCUCAGAAUGGACCCAGUUUCGUGAUAUGUUCACGUCUCUGGUACAUGAUCGUCAAGAUCUACGACCAGUUUCCAAGCUCCAUUACCUGGAAGCAAACCUGUCAGGCCCACCAUCGCAACUUAUCAGGCAUGCCAUCAUGAAUGAUGAUGGGUAUGAGCUAGCUUGGAAGCAACUGAAAGAAAGGUAUGAUAACCCUGAACAGCUCAUAUUCUCUCACAUAAAACAUUUGUUUAGCAUUCCAACACCAGCAUCUAAGUCAGCUGAACAGUUAGACAACUUAGUAGGCAUUGUAAAGCAGAACUUGGAUGCACUCAGGGCACUCAAUGUUCCAGCCGACUCAGCCGACUACUUUUUGAUCUAUUCGGUGGCUAGUAAACUCGAGCAACAUCUCCGAGAGUCCUGGGAGUUAGAACGGAGCAGAUCACGGUCUCCAACUACACUCAACAGUCUACUCAACUUCAUUUCAACCAGGGCACGUGCGAUGGAGUCAGCUUAA